ACAAUCACAGGCAGGCAGAGACAUACCUGGGCUCCAACACCUCCGAGGGAGCAAGGACCCAACUGUCUGUGAGAUCAGCCCAGGCCAGGCCAACACAGGCUUGCACGGGCAGGCACAGAACGGUCUGUGCACACACUGAGCUCACCUGGCUGGAGCCUCAGGAGGCCUUGGGCCCAGGACCCGGCCAGCCUGUGAGGGAGGAGGAGUUACUGCUGUCCUCACUGUCAGCUGGUCCCCAGCCAGAGCCUGUGGAGCUCCCGUCUGCCCUCCCAUCCACCCUGUUCCAGGCACCUCCCCAGCCUCCAUCACCACCUCUGUGUCCUCCUGAGAUACCUCCCAAACCUCUUCGCCUGCCCCCGGAGUUUGAUGACUCUGACUACGAUGAGGCCCCAGAGGAGGGGCCAGGGGCCCCUGCUAGCGUGAUGACCAAGAAGGAGGAGCCCCCUCCGAUCCGAGUCCCGAGGGCUGUGCGUGUGGCCAGUCUGCUGAGUGAAGGGGAGGAACUAUCUGGGGAUGAUGAAGAUGAGGAUGACCACGCCUAUGAGGGCAUCUCCAACAGUGGGUGGCCCACCAGCAGCCUAAGUCCAACCUUGCCCAGCCUGAUCCAGGAGCUCCUGCCGUACCCCAUGGAUGAACUGCCUGGGGGCUCCACCCCCACCACAUCAGUCAUUAAAGCCGGCUGGCUGGACAAGAACCCACCACAGGGAUCAUAUAUCUAUCAGAAGCGAUGGGUGAGGCUGGACGCUGAGCACCUGCGAUACUUUGACAGUAAUAAGGAUGCCUACUCUAAGCGCUUUAUCCCAGUAGCCUGCAUCUCCCGGGUGGCUGCUAUUGGGGACUUGAAGUUUGAAGUGAUUACCAACAACCGGACCUUUGCCUUCCGGGCAGAGAGUGAUGCUGAGCGGAAGGAAUGGAUGCAGGCUCUGCAGCAGGCAGUGGCUGAGCAGCAUGCCCGUGCCCGGCUGUCUAGUGCUUAUCCCUUGGGAGUGCAAGGCUCCGAUCAGCCUGACAGAGCUGGCAGUCUGGAGCUUCGAGGCUUUAAGAACAAGCUGUAUGUGGCUGUGGUCGGGGACAAAGUACAGCUCUAUAAGAAUCUGGAGGAAUACCACCUGGGCAUCGGCAUCACCUUCAUUGACAUGAGCGUGGGCAAUGUGAAGGAAGUCGACCGGCGUAGCUUUGACCUCACCACACCCUACCGCAUCUUCAGCUUCUCAGCUGACUCAGAGCUAGAAAAAGAGCAGUGGCUGGAGGCCAUGCAGGGAGCCAUUGCUGAGGCCCUGUCGACCUCGGAGGUGGCCGAGCGCAUCUGGACUGCGGCCCCUAACAGGUUCUGUGCUGACUGCGGGGCUGCCCAGCCUGACUGGGCCUCCAUCAACCUCUGUGUCGUCAUCUGCAAGCGCUGUGCAGGGGAGCACCGUGGCCUGGGUGCUGGAGUCUCCAAGGUACGGAGCCUGAAGAUGGACAGGAAGGUGUGGACAGAAACACUCAUCGAGCUCUUCUUACAGCUGGGCAAUGGUGCUGGAAACCACUUCUGGGCAGCCAAUGUGCCUCCCAGCGAGGCUCUGCAGCCCAGCAGCAGCCCCAGUGCCCGGCGACACCAUCUGGAGGCCAAGUACAGGGAGGGCAAGUACCGCCGCUACCACCCGCUCUUCGGCAACCAGGAGGAGCUAGACAAGGCCCUGUGUGCUGCAGUGACCACCACAGAUCUGGCUGAGACCCAGGCCCUCCUGGGCUGUGGGGCUGGGGUUAGCUGCUUCUCAGGGGACCCAGAGGCCCCUACGCCCCUGGCUCUUGCUGAGCAGGCCGGACAGACGCUACAGAUGGAAUUCCUACGGAACAACCAGACCAUGGAGGUCCCUCGGCUGGACUCGCUGAAGCCUCUGGAAAAGCAUUACUCAGUGGUCCUGCCAACUGUAAGCCACAGUGGCUUCCUCUACAAGACUGCUUCUGCCAUCAAGCUUCUGCAUGACCGUCGGGCCCGGGAAGAGUUCAGCCGACGCUGGUGUGUCCUAAGCGAUGGGGUCCUGAGCUACUAUGAACAUGAACGAGCUGUGACCCCAAAUGGGGAGAUUCGGGCCAGCGAGAUUGUAUGCCUGGCAGUGCCCCCUCCUGACAGCCAUGGCUUUGAACACACCUUUGAGGUAUACACAGAGGGGGAACGGCUAUACCUGUUUGGGCUGGAGAGUGCGGAGCUGGCUCAUGAAUGGGUCAAGUGCAUUGCUAAGGCAUUCGUGCCUCCCCUGGCUGAGGACCUGCUGGCUCAGGAUUUUGAGCGGCUUGGGCGUCUACCAUACAAAGCUGGCCUGAGUCUCCAGCGGACUCAGGAGGGCUGGUUUGCUUUGACCGGCUCUGAGCUCCAUGCAGUCUUCCCAGAAGGGCCCUGCGAAGAGCCAUUGCAGCUCCGGAGAUUGCAGGAGCUUUCGGUCCAAGGGGACAACGAGAACCAGGUGCUGGUGCUGGUGGAGCGAAGGAGGACGCUGUAUAUCCAGGGGGAACGGCGGUUGGACUUCAUGGGUUGGCUGGGGGCCAUCCAGAAAGCAGCAGCCAGCUUGGGGGACACGUUGUCGGAGCAGCAGCUGGGGGACUCAGACAUUCCUGUGAUUGUGUACCGCUGUGUGGACUACAUCACCCAAUGCGGCCUCACCUCCGAGGGCAUCUACCGCAAGUGUGGGCAGACAUCCAAGACGCAGAGGCUGCUGGAGAGCCUGCGGCAGGAUGCACGCUCUGUGCACCUCAAGGAGGGCGAGCAGCACGUGGACGAUGUCUCCUCUGCACUCAAACGCUUCCUGCGUGACCUGCCGGAUGGGCUCUUCACUCGUGCCCAGCGCUUAGCCUGGCUGGAGGCCUCAGAGAUAGAGGAUGAGGAGGAGAAGGUAUCCAGGUACCAAGAGCUCCUGGUGCAUCUGCCCCCUGUCAACCGUGCUACUGUGAAGGCCCUUAUCAGUCACCUGUACUGUGUCCAAUGCUUCUCAGACACAAACCAGAUGACCACGCACAACCUGGCCAUUGUGUUUGGGCCCACGCUCUUCCAGACAGAUGGACAGGACUACAAGGCCGGCCGGGUGGUGGAAGACCUCAUUAGCCACUAUGUGGUGGUGUUCAGUGUGGAUGAAGAGGAGCUGAGGAAGCAGCGGGAAGAGGUCACUGCCAUUGUGAAGAUGCGAGUGGCUGGCACUGCCAGCGGGACUCAGCAUGCUGGUGACUUCAUCUGCACAGUGUACCUGGAGGAGAAGAAGGCAGAGACUGAGCAGCAUGUCAAGAUACCUGCAUCUAUGACAGCAGAAGAGCUUACCCUGGAGAUCCUGGACCGCCGAAAUGUGGGCAUCAAGGAGAAGGACUAUUGGACUUGUUUUGAGGUCAAUGAGAAGGAGGAAGCAGAGCGGCCCCUGCAUUUUUCGGAGAAGGUGCUGCCCAUCCUGCAUGGGCUGGGCACAGACAGCCACUUGGUGGUGAAGAAGCACCAGUCCAUGGAGGCCAUGCUGCUGUACCUAGCCAGCCGUGUGGGCGACACCAAGCAUGGCAUGAUGAAGUUCCGUGAGGACCGCAGCCUCCUGGGUCUGGGGCUGCCCUCAGGCGGCUUCCAUGAUCGCUACUUCAUCCUCAACAGCAGCUGCCUGCGGCUCUACAAGGAAGUCCGGAGCCAGAGGCCAUGGAGCGGGGCCCCUGAGACCAGUCACCGGCCAGAGAAGGAGUGGCCCGUCAAGAGCCUGAAAGUCUACCUGGGUGUGAAGAAGAAACUUCGGCCACCUACCUGCUGGGGCUUCACAGUGGUGCAUGAGACGGAGAAACAUGAGAAACAGCAGUGGUACCUGUGCUGUGACACACAGAUGGAGCUCCGGGAGUGGUUUGCCACCUUCUUUUUUGUGCAGCAUGAUGGCCUGGUGUGGCCCUCAGAGCCUUCGCGUGUGUCCCGGGCAGUCCCCGAGGUCCGGCUGGGCAGCGUAUCACUGAUCCCCCUGCGUGGCAGUGAAAACGAAAUGCGCCGUAGUGUGGCGGCCUUCACCUCAGAUCCUCUUUCUCUCUUCCGCCAUGUCUGAGCACUGGAGCCAGCAUGGCUCUGCGAUGUCGCCGCUGUCACCAGGAAGCCUGCCAGUUCAGACACCCUUGUGCCCUGCACACCUGGCGUGAGCCAGCAGGGGGCGCACGAGGAAGCCAUACCCCCCACAUCACACAUCCUGACCGCAGACUGGGCUUCCCGGCUCAAGGGGCUGGGGGAGGGGGGCAGCAGGAUCUGCCCAGGGAGGGGCGCCUCCUAGCUCUCCAGGUGCACCACCCUCCUGGCCUGGCUUGCUCAGGGUCACCUGCCCUGAGUUUGUAAGUUGGAGAAGCUAAGCAGAAACCAGAGCUCCAGAGAGCACCAUCCAGGAAAGUCUCUGGGGCCCUGCUGGAAGGGAGCCUGGCCCCUUGCCCCAGACUCCCAAGCAGCUGAAAGUGGGUGCUCUGAAGGAGCACUCAGCCAAGUGCGGAAGGAGCUCUGGAAAAACUUAUACAGAGCUGAAAGCUGGACUUUGGGUACUUGAACCACCCUUCCAGUCUGACUGGCUAGGAGGGUCCAGGCCACCUGCUGCCCCUUCCCCACUUUGGGGGCUUUUGAUAAUAUAAAUACAUCUGUAUAUUUUA